AUGUCAAAAGAGGAGGUGGAUCAGCUACUCUGGGAUUAUCGGACAGUGUUCACAGCGGGCACGGCCUCCCUGGUCUCUACAGUAGCCUCCUUCCCUUUCGACAGUGUCAAAUCCAGAUUACAGGUGAAACACUACCCUUCGAUAUGGUCUUGCGCAAAGGCAGUCUUCAGGGAAGAGGGGAUUCAGGGCUUCUUUCGAGGCGUCUUCAUACCCCUCAUCACAAUCUCCUUUGUGCGGACAUCGUCCUUCAGCAUCUACGUGAAUACCAAGGAGUCCCUCCACAACUCUGGACGCCUGGCAGACAAGUCACGGAUCCGUGACGUAGCCCUGAGCGGUAUGGCAGGAGGGGCCACGAGUGGUGUCAUCAUCAGCUGCGGAUCAGCGCCCUUUGAGCUGGUCAAGGUGCAACGGCAGCUGGAAUACCUCACGGCCGUGCAGCGGGGGCUGAUAGGCAGCGCCGGUCAGGGUGGACCUCAGGCAACGACUUCUUCACCGCCAUCAUCGGCUGCUGCAGGAGCCAAGAAGGGUCCUCCGGCGAAAUUCCAGGCUCGUUCUGGGUUCCAAGCGGCGGCUGACAUUUACCGGCAUCAAGGCGGUAUCCGGGGCUUCUACAUUGGCUUCCCCCUGCACCUAACAAGAGACACAUUGGGUACGGCCCUGUACUUUGGAUCCUAUGACUCAAUCCGCUCGGUGGUCAAUCGGAACGUCUCGAGCAAUGGGUCCCUCUUUGGUGUCCCUGGACCCUUUGUUUCCUUCCUCUCAGGCUCGACUGCAGGUAUCCUCUCCUGGCUGAUCGUCUACCCGGUAGAUCUGCUCAAGACGAACGUUCAGCAGCGGAAGCUUAGCAAUCACCCCAAGCAGCUCACUGGCUAUCAGCUCUUCACACAUCUGCUCAGGGCAAGGCCGCCGGCGGACUCGACGAAGCAGGACACGGCGGUGAGGCGCUUCUUGAGAUUGUAUAGAGGGCUGGGGGUAAGCGCAUUGAGGAGCUUCAUCUCGCAUGGACUGACGUGGACGAUCAUUGAGGCUCUAUCAGAUCGCAUCUCCCAGCGGACAGGAAAGGAUGUCAUGGCUGCUCGCGGAUAG